AUGGGACAUUGCAAUGCGCGCUCCCUGAAGCAGCUCUCGGAUAAGGAAGGCACCGGCAUCAAGUUCACCACCAACAUUCGACCAGGUGACUGCGAAGUAUGCGAUGUAUCUAGAAGCAAGAAGGCGAGUCACCACCCAGUUGGCCGCGCCCGUUCACCGACGCGAAUGAUGCUUUUGCAUCUGGACCUGUGGGGGAAACAUACUGUGCCAUCGUACAGCGGAUGUCAGCACAUCGCAAUGUUCACCGACGACAAGUCUCGCAUGCGGUGGGGCAUCCCCCUGAAGACAAAGGAUGAAGUGACUGACGCGCUCGAAACCCUGAUUAAAGAAGUCGCCGACCCCGAGGGCAUCUACAUCGGGAUAAUCAAGUGCGAUGGCGCAGCCGACUUCAAGGGUAGGUACUUAGCAAUGUGUCCGUCCUUCGGGAUUGCUUUGGAGACAAGCCCCCCGUACGUCCCUCGAGGGAAUGCUGUCGCCGAACGCGGUUUCGGGACUGUCAUCGGUGCAGCACGUAGCCUCAUGCUUGGAGCUCCGCACCUGCCGCGUCAACUGUGGGCGGAAGCCGUCAAGGCCGCCAUUUACAUCAAGAACCGCACACCUACUGACGUCCGGGACGGCAAAGCACCACUUGAGGUUUGGGAGGACAAACCACUCGGCAGCUUGAAGCACAUGCAUGAGUAG